AUGGCUGCAGCUGCUACUUUGAAGCCUACUUUUCCUGCUGGCCCCAACGGCCAACCAGAUAUCGCAUAUGCACCCAAUUGGGACACAUAUCAAGCUCGAGCAAAGCGGCACCUGGAUGGCGGAAAGCUGGUCAAAACGCUCCCGGAAGGUUUGCCGGCAAAGCUUCAGUCCGAUCUCGUCUGGGAUGGUGCCACGGUCUCAGAUGAAUACCAAUGGUGGUAUCGACUUAGCGAGAGUGACGUGGCCGAGAUUGACGGCGCUCUGAAGCAUUUCAAGAGCCUCGGAAAGCCACUCGGCGAGAUCACACAAGACACGUUUCCCCUGCCGACGCUGCACGCCGUGCUGCGCGACGUGUCCCGGGAGAUUCACAACGGGCACGGCUUCAAGGUUGUGCGCGGCAUCCCCGUGGAAAAGUACACGCGCGAGGAGAAUAUUGCCGUGUACGCCGGCCUCGCCGCGCACGUGGCGCCGUCCCGCGGCCGCCAGGACAACAACUUUGAUGGCAAGCCGGCCGACGUGGCGCUCGCGCACAUCAAGGACCUGACGGCCGAGGUCGACCCGCACAAGAUUGGCGCGCCGGCGUACACAACGGAGAAGCAAGUCUUCCACACCGACGCCGGCGAUGUCAUUGCGUUGUUUGCGCUCGCCGAGGCGGCCGAGGGCGGCGAGAGUUACCUCGCCAGUAGCUGGCACGUGUACAACCAGCUGGCGGCGACGAGGCCGGAUCUGAUUAAAACGCUGUCGGAGCCGUGGGACAGUGACGAGUUUGGCAAGUCGGGCCCGCCGGGCUACACGGCGCGGCCGCUGCUUUACCACCAGCCGGCCGACGGCGAUGUCCCCGAGCGCCUCAUUAUCCAGUACGCGCGCCGCUCGUUUACCGGCUACUGGGGAAUGCCGCGCAGCGCCGACAUCCCGCCCAUUACCGAGGCGCAGGCCGAGGCGCUCGACGCGCUGCACUUUACGGCUGAGAAGAGCGCCGUCGCGCUCGAGUUUCAGGCCGGCGACAUUCAGUUUGUCAAUAAUUUGAGCAUCUUUCACGCGCGCGGCUCCUUUAAAGACUCGCCCGAGAAGCAGCGCCAUCUCAUUCGACUCUGGCUUCGUGACGAGGAGCUGGCGUGGAAGACGCCCCAGCCGCUGCAGCGUCUCUGGGAUCGCGUAUAUGCGGGCGUCAAAGCGGAGAAUCAGGUCUUUCCUUUGGAACCGUUCCUGCGAUCGCCCUCGACUGGCGAGAAGAAGAUUCCAAUACAACUGGUGGAACACGGCGCGGCAGAUGUCGGCCCUUCACCAGAGGAGCCUGGUGAUGGGUAUUGUGCCCACCGUGUCCAUGAGCAAAUUUGA